AUGGAGGAACUGUACUCUUCUAUAUUUCUACUCGAGGACCACGGAGCUUGCCGAAUUUUACGCCUCACAUACGACACAAACAGAACAUCUCCAGACGUGAUAACAACAGCAUAUAGGAAAAUGCUAAUCACUCUACUUGUUCAAAGCAAAAGGACAAAACGUACAGCAGCAGGGAUUCCCACGUGGUCACCCACCGUAGUACUAAUCUGCCGUUCAACUGCUUAUGUAUGGCAGAGCGGACGGGAUGCCCAGUUUUCAGCUGACUGUGGCCGUACGUACUUGAAACAUCACUUUUCUGGUAUAUAA